AUGUUGAAGCUGAAGUUGAAGGAGGUGUCACGCAAGAAUCGUCAGGUGGCUGCCUGGUGGCAGCCAGAAAACGCAGUAGCACUUCAGUGGCAUCGGAAGAGUAAUUGGGAUCUAACACAACAGCUACACAAAUCAAAUGCGGAGCAACUGCGUCAGGAGUUGCACAUUCUUCUUGUCACAUGUGUGCUAGCAGGCAGUGCUCCAUUUGGGAGCUUGAGCUGGAAGCACAAGAUUGAAGAGGUAUUCGACACAAUUGGACAGUUUGAUUUGGCCAGUGGGUAUAUUGUGGAACGCUGGCACAUUAGACGAUUUGUAUGCUAUCAACUUAUGUUUGUGCUGAUCUUUACUGGCUGCAGCGUGCCCAUCACUUUCUUGUCGAGUAAUGGUAGUUUUUUGAGGUUUCUGACAAAUACAAGCAGUUAUGUGCUGCCCAACAUCUUGAGUGGCAUAUCCUUUGUGCUCUACUAUACUCUUUUGCAAGGUAUUUAUCUACGUCUGCAUUGCUUGGUUGAAUCCUUAGAAGUGGAGGUUAAGAGAGGUCCUUUGAUUAGACGUGCUGCAAUUCAGCAAUUGCGUUGGCAACACAUACGUCUCCUACACUUUACCAAAGUGGUUAAUCAAACUUUUGAGGUUUCUGUGUUAUUGAUCUACGUAAGCUCUUUGAUCAAUUUCAACACAAACCUUUUUCUAAUCUACAAGACCAUUGAAAACCCUGAUGGGGCGACUGGAAUAUGGUUCUCGUAUACGAGCUUAUGGCUAUUACUGCAGAUUGGCAAGAUGUUCUAUAUUCUGUACUUCAACCACAACGUGCAGCAGGAGCACACAAGCUGCCUAGCGUUGCUGAUGAAGGUGCGCACAGAUAGCGACGAAUUGCUGGAAACUAUCCACCAUUUCAUACUGCAGCUGCAAACAAAUGUGCGGGCGCAUGUUGCAUGUGGCCUUUUCGAGAUGGAUUAUAAGCUAAUACCAGCGCUGCUGAUGACCACCGCCAGCUUGUUUAUAUUUCUACUGCAAUAUGACAUAACGUUCAAGGCACUACACAGUGCAGCCAACGGUACAGCUAUUUAAAAUACGCGCGCUAAGUAU